UACUCAGAAUCUAUAAUCCAUUAAUUGUUACGUAAUAUAUCCAACCUUCAUUGAAUAGAAAAUGUACACUCAAUGCGAAAAUUUAAGGGCUAAAAAGUUGCAUUUUGCUAAUAAAAAAUCCAAGUGGGACCAUAUGGAAUGGAGCCUUUAUAUUUGACUCGACUCUCAUGCGAAUAAAUUACUGACCCCAUACUCGAUCGGUCACCAUUCGUAGUCUCUCUUGGAAAAACUCAUCUCUCUCCUCUCCUUGACAUGGAGGAUUCAAGAGAGCCACUUCUUUCUCCAAGAGACGACGAAAACCAAAACCAUCCCCGUGAUAAGGAUCAAGACCAGCGAUACUCACUUCCCAGAUCAACAACAAACACUAGUUCCUUCGUCCCCGACGCCGAUGACAUCCCUCCUAUCAACGGCAUCCGUGAUUUCUUUAGAGAAUUCUACAGGGAGUCCAAGAAACUUUGGUACCUGGCCGGCCCUGCCAUCUUCACCUCCAUUUGUCAGUACUCCCUCGGCGCCAUCACUCAAGUCUUUGCAGGCCAAGUUGGAACCCUCGAACUCGCCGCCGUCUCCGUUGAGAACUCUGUCAUCGCCGGUUUUUCCUUCGGCGCCAUGCUUGGAAUGGGAAGUGCGCUUGAAACGCUAUGUGGGCAAGCAUUUGGAGCAGGGAAACUGGAUAUGCUUGGAAUCUAUUUGCAAAGAUCAUGGAUCAUUCUUGGCACUACAUCCGUUCUUCUCUCCUUCCUAUAUAUCUUUGCAGCUCAACUUUUGAAGUUGAUUGGGCAAACAGCAGCCAUAUCAAAAGCAGCAGGGAUAUUCUCCAUCUGGAUGAUACCUCAGUUAUUCGCUUAUGCUUUAAACUUCCCCAUGGCAAAAUUCUUGCAGGCUCAAAGCAAGAUCAUGGUUAUGGCCUUGAUCUCUGCUGCAGCCUUGGUCUUACACGCAUUUUUGAGCUGGUUAUUGAUGCUGAAGUUGGGAUGGGGAUUGGUUGGAGCCGCAAUAGUAUUAAAUGCUUCUUGGUUGUUGAUUGAUUUAGCUCAGUUUUUGUAUAUUAUCAGUGGAACUUGUGGACGAGCUUGGAAUGGAUUCUCAUGGAAGGCCUUUCAAAACUUGUGGAGUUUUGUUCGGUUGUCCCUUGCAUCUGCUGUUAUGCUUUGCUUGGAAGUUUGGUAUUUUACGGCAUUAAUACUGUUCGCUGGAUACUUAAAGAACGCAGAGGUCUCAGUGGAUGCCUUGUCCAUAUGCAUGAACAUUUUGGGCUGGACAGUCAUGGUAGCUAUUGGUGUAAAUGCAGCUAUAAGUGUGAGAGUAUCAAAUGAGCUAGGCGCAGCUCAUCCAAGAACAGCAAAAUUUUCACUUGUGGUGGCUGUUAUAUCAUCUUUUAUGAUUGGUGUCGUUCUCUCUCUCAUUCUCAUCCUUACAAGAACUAAGUAUCCAUCUUUGUUUUCCUCGGAUUCUCAAGUCAAAGAACUUGUCAAUGAGCUUACACCUCUGCUUGCUCUCUGCAUCGUCAUUAACAAUAUUCAGCCUGUUCUCUCAGGUGUGGCUAUUGGAGCUGGAUGGCAAGCCAUUGUGGCAUAUCUGAACAUAGCUUGUUACUAUGUGCUUGGGAUUCCUCUGGGUCUUGUAUUAGGCUACAAGCUUGAUAUGGGUGUUCGUGGGAUUUGGUAUGGAAUGAUGUCAGGGACUGCGGUACAGACUCUUGCCCUUUUCUUGAUGAUUUAUAGAACAAAUUGGAACAAAGAGGCUUCUAUUGCUGAAGAUAGGAUUAAAAGAUGGGGAGGACACAAAGAUUCUGAAGGGUUUACAUAGAAAAGAAUAACAAUGUCUUGAAAGUGAUAUGGAUUUUGCCAAAAUUGUGGUUCUCUGACCCUGAGGGAGUCAAUAAUUUCUGAGGACAAAUCUGAUCAGAAAGCUUUUUUUAUUUUUGUUUAGAAAAAAAGAUUUGCACCAAUUUUAAUGGAUAAUAUAAUAUAAAAAAAAUAGUUUCCUUCUUAAGAAAUGUAAAAUUAAGUUGUCUUCUUCGAAAGAUACGCAUAUUGGAUGCAAAGUUUAGUGUGUUAAAUACAUAUACAAUUAUAUAUAUAUUUGAAUUUUUAAA